AGACAGCUAAAGGCCCAGCAGCAGAAGGGACCGGCUUCCCAGGAGCUCACGGCCUUGAAGACAGAGAACGCUGAUGCUGAACUGUUGCCUGCGGACGGGAAGGAGAAGGCAGCGUUUGGAGAGGAGCAGACGGAGAGCAGGAGACUCCUCCAGGGCCAGGAGGAGGAGCGGCUGCGGGAUGCCAACCGGGCAGGGACCACGAGCAUCGCCCAGGAUGUUAACAUCCAGGUGGAAAAGGGAAAAGACCUGGAGCUGACGGAGCAGUUCGAUGCCCUGAGGAGGGAGCACACGGUGACCCUACAAGAGCUCCAGAGAGCCCAUGAGCAAGAGAAGCUGCUGCUGGCAGAGUCCCACCACAGGACCCAGGCGGCCUUGCAGGAGACAAUCCAGACACUGAAUUCCCAGCUGAAAUCCUUCCAGGAGAGGAUGAAGCGGGUGGAGGAGUCGCUCUUGAGCACAGACUACAAGAAGCACAUACAGGAGCAUGGGAGCCCCAGCCCCUUCUGGGAGCAGGAGCUGGAGAGCCUGCACUUCGUCAUUGAGAUGAAGAACGAGCAUAUCCCCGGCCUGGACAAGAAGCUGCUGAAACGUGUGGUGGGUUCCAAGGGGGGGUUGCAGCGUGUGCCAUUUGCCCGCAGGCAGCUGUCGGAGGAAUUGCUGGCUGCCCGCGGGAUGCUGGAGAAGGAGGCGCAGCGGGGGGAGCAGGCUCAACGCGAGAAGGAGGAGCUGAUGUACCGCCUGCUCAAUGGGGGGGACGGCAUCCCCUUCCCCAUCCCUGCCGGCGAGGUGUCCCUCAUCGCCACGUAG